UUCUUCUCCACCAGAGUCACUGAAACCCUUCUUCUCUCAUCGAAUCGAAUCGAAUCGACUUCUCUCACAUUUCGAUCUAACGAGACUUGAGAAAAAAAGGUAAAAGAUAUGGCUGGAGCAUCGUCGACUACAAACGCACCAAAGCCGAGGAAGAGAGUCGAAGCGGAAACUAGUAGCAACGCCUCUACUACUACCACCUUACGUCGUGCUAAAGAUGGCAGUGCUUUCGCUCGCUGUGAAGGAUGUAACAAGAAUGUUGCGGUAGCGCUUAUUAGCAUGCACAAUUGCAGCCUCGAUGCUAAGAUCAGAGUGAAUCUAGAAGCUCAAGUUGUGGAGACACAGGCUGAGGCUAAGAAGAAACCUGCAGAGAGGAAGAAGUCAGCGUCUGAUGAACCUAAGCCAAAGAGAGUUAGAAAGGCUAAGGAUGAUAAGAAGAGCUCUUCUACCUCAAACAAGCCUAAACGACCUCUUACUGCCUUCUUUAUCUUCAUGAAUGAUUUCCGUAAAACUUAUAAAGAUGAGAACCCGUCUAGUAAUGUUAAGGAUGUUGCAAAGCAUGGUGGUGAAAAGUGGAAGUCUUUGACUGAGGAAGAGAAGAAAGUUUAUCUGGAUAAAGCUGCUGAACUAAAGGCAGAAUAUAACAAGUCACUAGAGAACAAUGAUGCUGAUGAGGAAGAAGAGGAUGAGGAGAAGCAAUCUGAUGAUGCUGAGGAGAAACAAGCUGAUGAUGCUGAGGAGAAGGAAGUUGAGAGCGCAGAUGAUGACAACAAAGAUGCUGAAGGUAAAGAAGAGGAAGAAGAGAUUUUGGAUGACUACUAGACAUGUUAUGCUCGUUCUUGGGGGAUGUAGUCGAAUUGAAAUGGAAAUCUAAUCGUUGUGAUGCAUUGUAAAUUAAGCUUUUAUUAUGACGAAGUUGGUUAUCUGAAGGUAGUUGCGAGCAAGUGGGUUUUUUGUAGUCGCGGAAAUGGUAACUUCCUUUUGUUUAGACUUUAGACAAGUAAUGAAGCUUAUGUUUUUCGUUUUA